AUGAGUGUUGGAACACAGAACAGGGCCAAUUCUGGAGAGGAACACGUCCUAGUGCUCCCCAGGGCACAGCCCUUGGCAUCACACGGCCAGGCGAGUGUGCACCUUAGCCUCGACGAGGGCGGGCGCUGCCUCCACCGCGCAGAGGGCGGGGGCCGGCAGCCGCUUGAGCUGGCCGGGAGUGGUCAAGGAAGUCACUGCUGGGUCUGGGAUCUGGGCUUAGCAAAGGGGUGGCGAGGCCAGGUGGAACCCAGCCGCGGGCCCGCCUUCGCUCGCCGGCUCAGGUUACCUGCGGCCGUGGGUGGGGCGGGCCUUCCCGUCUGCCCCGGCCCCCAGCCUCCGCGGCGCGCAGCCGGGAAGUGGGAGCGGGAGCGAGAGACUCAGCCACCUGUGACAAAUUUGAGUGUCUCUGUUGAAAACCUCUGCACAGUAAUAUGGACAUGGAAUCCUCCUGAGGGAGCCAGCCCAAAUUGUAGCCUAAGGUAUUUUAGUCAUUUUGAUGACCAACAGGAAAAGGAAAUCGCUCCAGAAACUCAUCGUUCAAAGGAAGUCCCCCUAAAUGAGAAGAUUUGUCUGCAGGUGGGGUCCCAGUGUAGUGCCAAUGAAAGUGAUAAGCGUAGCAUUUUGCUGGAAAAGUGCAUCUUACCCCUGGAAGGUGAUCCUGAGUCUGCUGUGACUGAGCUUCAGUGCAUCUGGCACAACCUGAAGUUCAUGAACUGUUCUUGGCUCCCUGGAAAGAAUUCAAGUCCUGACACUAACUAUACUCUUUACUAUUGGCACAGCAACCUGGGAAAAAUUCUUCAGUGUGUAAAUAUCUACAAAGAAGACCAAUACAUCGGUUGUUCCUUUGAUCUGAGUAAAGUGAAGGAUUCCAAUUCUGAACACAGUGUCCAAGUAAUGGUCAAGGAUAAUGCAGGAAAAAUUAGGCCGUCCUUCCAUAUAGUGCCUUUAACAUCCCGUGUGAAGCCUGAUCCUCCACAUAUCAGAAGUCUUCUAUUCAAAGAAGGUAGCUUAUAUGUGCAGUGGGAGAAUCCACCACAUUUUCAGAGCAGAUGCUUAUCUUAUGAAAUAGAAGUCAAUAAGAGCCAAACCGAGACACAUGAUAUUUUCUCUACUGACGAGGGUGGAUGUCAGAAUGCAGUGUUUGAGAGAAACAUCAAGGAUACAACUUGUUUCAUGGUCUCUGGAGUUCUUCCUGAUACUUUUUACACAGUUAGAAUAAGAGUCAAGACAAAUAAAUUAUGCUAUGAGGAUGAUGAACUGUGGAGUAACUGGAGUCAAGUGAUGGGUAUAGGUAAGAAGCCUAAUUCCACAUUUUACAUGACUGUGUUACUCAUCAUCCCGGUCAUCGUUGCGGGUGCGAUCAUUGUCCUUCUGCUUUACCUAAAAAGGCUCAAGAUCAUUAUAUUCCCUCCAAUUCCUGAUCCUGGAAAGAUUUUUAAAGAAAUGUUUGGAGACCAAAAUGAUGAUACCCUGCACUGGAAGAAGUAUGACAUCUGUGAGAAGCAAUCCAAAGAAGAAACUGACUCAGUAGUGCUGAUAGAAAACGUGAAGAAGACCUCUCAAUGAUUGGGAUAAUUUAUUUUGCUUCCAGCGUAACCUUGUGAAUAUUCCUCAUAUUCUACAUUUGUUAUCUGGGGACUCAUUAAAUGAAAACUGAAACUACUGGAACCUUUAAAAGCAGGCAGCCCAUAAGAGCCACAAGUUUUUGUGUGAGUCAUCCAUCCAAAAUCUAAAAAUAAUGGGCCCUUUGAAGAUGGUAAAGGAGUCAUUCUUACUGAAUUCUAAAAGCAGAUAUCCUUUGCAAAGUCUUCACACUAAGGGACAAAACAAAAAAUUGAUGGUAACUGUAGAAUUUAAUCUUAGUGAGAGCUGUGACAACUCCCUAAGGGAUCUAUGAUGAUGCAUAUACUUUGUGUCAACACCAAAGAAUUAUAUUUGUAUGCCAACUUACUUUUGGAUGUAAAUACUAAUGUCAAACAUGACUCAGAGAAUAUCUAACAACUAAAAUUGGUAUCUAUUGUUUGAGAUCCCAGCGAAUAAUGUUUGUGGCUACUGAAGCCCCUUACAAGUCUGGAAACAUCUGCUGUGAUAGUAUUUUUCUGUCCUUUGAAAGCCCCAGAAAUCACUGUUGGCCAUGAUAAUUAAAACCGUAAAAAAGGGUAGAGGCAGCUUCUUGACCAAGGCCAUUCCAUGCCAUUGCAGACUUUUAAACACAAUGGAGCAGAAUGACUCAUUGGGUAUUAGAGUUUGAACCAAGGAAUUGCUCAUGAGGUAUUUUUCUUCACUUCUGUUACUCACAUCAAAUGUUGACUACAUGUUUGGCUUGUACAUCAGUGCCUAGGUAUGAGGGACACACUCUGACACUGGGUUUACAGUCUAGUUGGUACUCUUUUGGUCUUACCACUCCCUUUAUCGCCAACCAAUCAGUUGUCAGAUUUUUCACCUUCCCAACUUCCAUGUCAAUAUUUCCUUUUGUCCUCUCCCUCAUUCCUUUCCUUAUGGUCUUUUGAUCUUCAUUGGAUAUUGGGAAAUAAAUCUGCUUAGAACACCUAAAGGAGCAGGGAUGAAUUUGCAUCUCAGGUGCCAUGUGAACAGACUUAGAAACAGUAACUAAUUCUUGCACAUUUUAUAACUUCCACUUGAAUCUGAAGUUGUUGAGGGUUUUCAGUAUUUAAUGUUUAUGCAUUUUCUAAACCUCAAUGAGAUACUAUCUUCACUUAGCUAUUUACUUGAGAAAAAAGGUCUAGU